AUGUUCAUGACUGCACAACACAAACUUCAGUUCAAGGAGGAAGAUCAGCAGGCUAUGGCCCAAAGGCUAAGGGAUUACUUCUUCAAAUGCCUGUCAAGUCCGAAAAAGAAGGCCGCCCAGUGGCCGCGCAAGCAUCCUAUGGAAUGUGUUGUGUGGGCUGCAUCGAAAGCGAGGGUAGAUACAGAUGAAGAAGAAAGUUCUGAUGACGACGACGAAGGCGCACUGCUGGAGACUGAGAAAGAGGUUUUAAGAAAUGUGCAGUUGACCAACCUCUUAGCUGAUUUACGCGCAAAUCCCCGAGACGAAGAGGACACUGCAGGAGACGAUAACAGGGACCAAAUCGUGGAUGCCGAUGAUGACGAUGAAACCACACACGGGUUAAAGAACUCGCUCGCACAAACUUUACUUGGGUCUUUGGAUAACCGUCACCUCAGCCUCCUACUGGAAAAGCGUUGA